AUGCAUAACUCGCACGAAGGGUUUCAGAAAAUCGACAGCACUCUACAGGAGGAACAGAAUGAUGGGUCAGACUCCAAUGAUGGAUCUACUGAGACAACCCCAGAUAUCAAAUAUUUAAAUAUCGCUCAAGCUAUUGACGAAGCAGGAGGCUUCGGCCUCUUCCAGUUGCUUUAUGUACCUUUGAUCGGAAUAUCUUUCAUAGCCAAUGGAUUCUUUAUAUACAAUCUUAACUUUUUAACCCUGCUCCCAACUUUAAUGUGCCCUAACCCUGAUGGUAUUGGUCACAGAGUCUGAAUUGACGAAGCUGCACACCGAAAAGACACUUUCUGUGAUGAAAAUAACGAAUUCAAAAAUGGAGUGUUCAUUGAUGAAGACAGCUCUCGAACUUUGAUCAAUUGGAUGUCAGACAUGAACAUGUACUGAACUCCUUCAUUCCAGAUCUCUCUAUUUGGAUCAAUAUUCUUUUUCGGUGUCCUUUUCUGAGCGAUCGGGCUUAGAUUUGCCAAUAAAUAUGGAAGAAGACCAGCCCUUAUCGUUGGCUGAGUGAUUACUCUUCUAUGUACCAUCGGACUGGUAUUCAUCAAUAAUGCGAUCGCAAGAUACAUACUAUUGUUUAUUUUUGGGGUGUGAUUUUUCAGGAACAUCCAAUCAUACGUCCUAGCGACUGAGAUAUGUCCAAAGAAGUAUCAGCUGCUUGUAUGCAGCUCUAUAUUCGCAUUUGAUUGGAUCCAGGUUGCUAUCCUUUCAGUUUACUUCAUGAAUAUCACCAGAAAUUAUAUCUAUUUCUUUUAUGGUGCUGUAGGAGUAGUAUUAAUAAUGACAAUUUGAUCCCUUUUUGUCCCUGAAUCUCCACUGUUUUUGUAUGAGAAAGGAAAGUGAGAAAUUGCCAGAGCAGUGGUGAACAAGAUGAGCUUAAUGAACGGAGCAAGUCUUCAUAAGGAAAAUUGGAUAUUUGAUAAGGAAGAGCUCAUUGCUUAUGCACCAUCUGGAAAUUUAGAUUUGGUUGUUGAUAAAGAGGGGAGGAAUAUUAGCUCAGAAUUCAAGAAUAGUGGGAAUAUAGAGUUGAAGCCUUUGGGCAAGGGUGAUAUUUCGUUUGCGACUUCAGGAGAUAUGUCUACACCAGCCCCAGAGAAUGCUUUCUACCAGAUAAGGACAAAUAAGCAGCUACUGUUUAAUUUGAUAGCUAUUACAGCUUGAUGGUGUUGUGUAUCUUUCAACAAAUAUUUGAUUUCUUUUAACUUGAAGCAUAUUGGAGGAAACAUAUUUGUUAAUUCAAUGCUAUCCCCAAUAGCAGAUAUGAUUGGCCAUCUUUUAUGAGUUCCAGUUCAAAGAUACACAAACACUAGGUUCACUUUCAUUGUUUCCUUGAUUCUUGCUUUUGUAUUUGGAGCUUCUCUAAUUUUUGUAAAAACAGUAUGGUUAAUCCCAGUAUUGAUUGUUUUCUCAAAAAUUGGACUAGCUUCUGGAUAUUCACUGUGAUACUACAUGACAUCUGAGUGCUUCCCUCCCUUGUUCCUUGCCUUCGUGUUCGGAUUCACUCAGUUCCUUUCAAGGGCUUUCACAAUCCUUGCCUUCCCUCUAUCAGAGCUGGAGGCUCCAAUUCCAAUGAUCCUAUUCUCAGCUACACCAAUAGUUGCUCUUUCUCUUGUAAUCUUCGUAAAAAAUGAUCAAACAAAAAGAAUGAAGGGAAAAUUUGAGAAGCAGGAGUCUAUCCAGCUACUAGUUGACAGUGAUUCUCAUGAAUAAAGUUUCUAAUUAAGUCUUUAUAUUU